GUUGUCUUUACAAGUGGAUGCAUACUUUCGUUUGAUCUGACGAUUUUGAUUUAAAUGAGUGCUUAGAAAGUAUUUUUCAAAUGUAUUUAGAGACCAAUUAAGAUCGGGUAAACGAUAAAUGCACCCUGGGGUGUCGAAUAAAAUAGUUUGGGAACUUUCGGGAGUCCAGUCUUCAUGCUGCACACAUAUUGUCAGCGCUGGUGUUUGCGUUAUCAAAUGUCGCUGUCUUUCCAUUUGUUUUUCUCCUUGUGCUUCUGAUUUCCCUUCCUUGUUAUACGUGUAUAGGUUAACCUUUUACCAACUAUAAAUCGGCCGGGUAUAAUUUGAAAGUAAUUGGAUGAGCAUUUUAGUAUUGUGUGAUAUACCUCCUCGACCCAUUCGAGGUGGUCUCUUGUCAACGACUGUUGCUCGGAUGUCCCCCGGCUGUCCAGUACCUUAGAAUUGCGCUCUGCACAUUCGAAGAUUGCUGCAUUUAAUGCAUACGCGUGGCUUUUUAGUGUUGCUCUCGUGAUUUGUUCCGUGUUGUCAUAGUUAUAUCCAAAUUCGGUGACUACAUGGCCUGUAGCGUUGUACAGAGAACAACCCGAGAGUGAAAGGAAAUGGCUCAAAACAAGACCGGCAUGAAAGAGACAAUAAGAAUGUCAGACUCUGCUAGCAACUGUUUAAGCAGCUCUUCAAUGAGUACCAUGGAUGGUGAAAAACUUGUGAAACCAAAACAGCAGCUUCACACACUAUUGCAGCAGGCUGGGGCAGACAAAGAGAUUUUUACAAUGAAAGAGGUCAUGUUUUACCUUGGGCAAUACAUCAUGGAAAAAGAGCUGUAUGACAAGAAACAGCAACACAUAGUCCACUGCUCUAAUGAUCUUCUUGGAGAUGUUUUGGGCGUGCACAGCUUUUCUGUUAAAGAACCACGAGUUCUGUAUGCAAUGAUUUCAAAAAACCUGACAGCUGUUAAAAACACAGAUAACUCCAAGCCUUUAAUAAAUGCUCACCAAAAUGAAAAGGACAAAGGACAAGAGACUGAAGCUGAGCAAGGUGCUUCCAUGCCAAAUAUUGACACUCCUACAGAGCUAUGCAAUGCAGCUGCCUCUGGAUGGAGACGCCGCAGGAGUAGUGAAUCAGCCUUGUGGAGGAGGGGUUUGCCAUCAAAAUACACCUCGGUAAAUGAUGAGCAGUGUGAACCCCAUAGAAAGAGGCAUAAAUCGGACAGCAUCUCACUAACGUUCGAUGACAGUCUCUCAUGGUGUGUGAUUGGCGGCUUGAAAAGAGAGCAUGUGAGCAGCAUAUCUUCUUCAGAUUCUCACUUGGAACCGGAUGGUGAAAAUGCUUCUGGAAGUGAGGAUUCUGAUGAGACUUGGUUUAGUCAAGACUCAAACUCUGAUAAUUUUAGUGUGGAAUUUGAAGUAGAGUCCAUUUAUUCUGACACCUAUAGUCAGGAUGAGGAGGAUCAGGACCUAACAGAUGCAGAUGAUGAGGUUUAUGAAGUUACAAUUUAUGAAGCUGAAGAUGAUGAUUCUUUUGAUGAAGAUACAGAAAUAUCUGAAGCAGAUUAUUGGAAGUGUUCAGAAUGUGAAGAAGUGAAUCCUCCUCUUCCGCGACACUGCCACAGAUGUUGGUCCCUUCGUAAAGAUUGGUUUCCUGAUGACUCCAAAAGCUGUAGCAUUGAACCUGUUCUGGACAAACCAUGCACUGAAGAGGGCAUUGAUGUUCCUGAUGGAAAGAGGUCUAAACAUGACCCACCCAUUGAUUCCAAAGGAGAAAAAUAUAAAAAUGCAUCUCCUGAAGAAUCUGGUGCCACUUCGUGCGACUCUCAGGAGAUCUUGGGUUCUCAGCCAUCCACUUCAGCAAACAGUACUUUAAACAGCCAAGAAGUUGUGCCUGAACUUGAAAGAGAGGCCAGCCUAGAAUCCUGUCUUCCACCAAGCUGUUUGGACCCUUGUGUUAUUUGUCAAAGUAGACCCAAAAAUGGCUGCAUUGUUCAUGGCAGAACAGGUCAUCUCAUGUCUUGUUACACAUGUGCAAAGAAACUGAAGAAACGUAACAAACUGUGUCCUGUCUGUAGACAGCCAAUUCAGAUGGUUGUGCUAACAUAUUUCAGCUGAUUUUAAAAAAAUCCAAUAAAUUGCAUCCUGUGUUUUAUUUAUUUUGCAGAAUUCUUGAUGGCUAAGAUUGUGGGUGUGCAAUUGGUUGUAUGACACAAUAUACUCUUUAUUCUCAUUUUUGGGAAAAUGAGAACAUAGUUUUAACUAUUAUAGUCUGAUUGGAUGGUUGACUCAGUUACUAAAUUUGAAUGUUAAAGUAAUGUUUUUGAGAAUUUAAAUUGGAUGAUAGCUUCACCCUUCUAGCUUUAUUGUAAUAACUGGAGUAAACUGAGUUUCAAGAGCUUUAGUUAUAACAGUCCAAGUUCAUCAGAGGCACUUCUGUUUUGGUUUUACGCUUUCUGAAGAGCUGCUCAAAUAUUUGGUAAUGUAGACUAAUGCAAAAAAAA